AGGUUGACGGGGUGAAUUUUGACAGUUAAUGGCUGAAUUUUGUCCGCAUGUUUAUUUAUAUUCAUCUUGGUGAAUUGAAUAUAAGAUACCACUAUUAAAAUUAAAUAAACCAUACAAUUAGACUUGCAAAAUAAAAUAUUACCACAAUGUUGUACCUGGAGGACUACUUGGAAAUGAUUGAACAUUUACCACAAGAAUUGAGAGACCGAUUUACAGACAUAAGAGAAAUGGACCUAACGGUUCAUAACACCAUGGAUGAACUCGAAAAGAGGGUAAAGAUAUUUUUCAGUGAUUGCAAAAGAUAUAUAGAACCACCUCCAAAUGCAGAUUUAGAGUUUCAGUCCAUUCGAAAAGAAUAUUAUAAGGUUUUGGAAGAUGCAGAUGAAAAAGUGCAUGUUGCCAGUCAAAUGUAUGAUUUAGUAGACAAGUACUUACGAAGGUUAGACACAGAGUUGCACAAGUUUAAAUGUGAACUGGAGGCUGACAAUAAAGGCAUAACAGAAAUACUUGAGAAAAGGUCAUUAGAGUUAGACACACCUAUGUCCACUCCAAGUCUUACCUCACAACAACAAAAAGAAAACAGAUAUGAAAGUUCAAGCUCAAUCAGAUACAGUAGACCUCGAACAGAGAAAAGAAGGGACAGUAGUGCAUCAAUAAACACAUCAUUUGCGGAGAAAAGACAAGCCAUAGCUGCACCUCCAACAGUACCAUUAGUGGAGACCAGACACAUAACCUCAACAGCACAACCUGCCACACCAGUACAGCCAAACAUGUCCUACAAUUUGGGCCACAAGGGUGCUGGUCCAGCCAUUGCAGCAGCAGCAUCACAAGCAAUUGCGGCCACCCAACAGAUGCAACAAGGUAGAAGAACAGCAAGUUUGAAGGCGUCUUACGAAGCAAUCAAUACCGGGGGACACGGGCAUGAAUUUAGUAUAGGCCGAGAGUUAGCGGGGGCGGCACAAACCGCUAUUCAGGCUAUACAACAAGAUCAUGCCAACAAUAAAAAAAAGCAGAAAAUUGCCUCUUCCAGAAAGUGGUCGAGCUCCGGAGGAGGUGUGGCCGCCUCAUCGGCCUCAUCGGCAGCCGCCGCAUCCGCGAUUCAGCCGGCCGUCGCCGGCGGAGGUGGACAGGUUUCGGUAGCCGUAGCAGCUGAGCCGGCGCCGGCUGCCGAUGUGGCAGCGUCACAGGGUGCCGAAGUGACUGACGGCGAGUGGCCGUAUGAUCCGAACGAGCCUCGCUACUGUUUAUGCAAUCAGGUGUCCUACGGUGACAUGGUUGCUUGCGAUAACGAAGACUGUCCUUCAGAAUGGUUUCAUUAUCCAUGCGUGGGCAUUACUGCACCGCCUAAAGGUAAAUGGUACUGUCCUCAGUGUACUACUUCUAUGAAACGAAGAGGCGGUAGGAAAAACUGAAGGUACGCCGCUUCAAACCUGCGGAGAAAAACGAUUUGAUCACAUAUUAAUGUGUAGUGACUACUUUUAGAAAAUUUCACAAAUUACUCAUACGUGUUUUAUAAUUAAUGAUUAUUACGCUUAUUUUGUGUAUAGACGAUAAUUUGUAACAUUUUGAAAUAUACAAAUAUAUGUAAAUAAUUUCAGUUACGGCCAUCACAGUGUUAUACAGAUAUACACAGGUUGGAAAAGUGAUAAUAUAAAUUUACUUAGAUCUAACCAUGCUAUUAUGUAUUUCAUCUUAGUAAAUUUAAAAAUAAUAGCUAAAUAGUUAAAUUUUAUGUAAAUUCGUAUUGUGACUUGGAAAAUAUGCUUUCCAUUAAUGUUCUCUUUUUUCUACUAAUGUGAUGACCUAAGCUGUACAUUUGAAAUGAA